AUCACCCGAUGAGGAUCGAAAUCGAACUCCCCUCCCUCUCGCCUAGCUCUUUCCUCGGCUCUGCCCUCUCUCCUUAUCGGUCCAAAAUCUCCAAGGGCUAGCGUUUCGUUCUUGUUAUUUAUUUUCUACUUUUUAUCAUCUUUUUCUUGUUCCGUUAUGUUUUUUGAUUUUUAAUAAUUCAUUUUCGUUCGGUGUUUCAUUUGGUUAAUUCAGGACUCAUCCAAUGCGACGCUGAGCCUAUAGAUCGGUCUCAAGGUUUCAUUUCCCGCGAUUUCCUUUUUCUUCCUGCCCAACAGGGAAAGUUGAGAAAAGAUGGACCAUGGCAAGACUGGAUGUCAAACUCCUCCAGAAGGUCCUAUAUUGUGCAUCAAUAACUGUGGAUUUCUUGGAAGUGCUGCCACCAUGAACAUGUGUUCUAAGUGCCAUAAAGAUAUGAUGUUGAAACAGGAGCAGGCGCUUGCGGCAUCGUCCAUUGGGAAUAUUAUGAAUGGGUCAUCAAGCAGCAGUGGAAAUGAACCUUUUGUUUCUGCGAAUGUGAAUACCCCAGUCAAUUCAGUAGAGCCUAAAACUACAUCUGAAGAACCUUGUUUGGCUUCAGGCUCAAAGGAGAGUGGUGAGGCAAAGCCGAAGGAUGGACCCAAACGCUGCAAUAGCUGCAAUAAGCGGGUUGGUUUGACAGGGUUCAGUUGUCGAUGUGGUAACCUUUUCUGCGCCGCACACCGCUACUCGGACAAGCAUGAUUGCUCCUUUGAUUACCGCACUGCUGCAAGGGAUGCCAUAUCUAAAGCAAACCCAAUUGUUAAGGCUGAAAAGCUUGGUAAGAUUUAGGCCUGGUGUAUUGAAGUUUUUCCCUAGUUGAUGUUAUGCUCGAUUUCAUCGUGAGAUGACCCAAGUUUCCUGCUUUUUUUAAUGUUGUUGUUGUAUGUGGUGGGGAGUUUAGAAUUGUAGGACACAUCUGCAGUUUGAGGCACUAUUUCAUGUGAUCGGAGAAAAAAAUAUAUGCUGGUCCAAUUGUUUGAAGUCUUUAAA